AUGCCGACCUUUGGGGGACUGCUCAAGAAGAAGAAGACGAAGGAGUCCACCGAAGACAAGUCGGCCAGCAGCGGCAGCGGCGGCCACCAUCCCAUCCAUUACAAGUCUUCACCCAAGACUGAUACCUCUUCACACCUAUCCUCAACCAAAACUGCCUCAGAUGCCCCUACGCAAUCGACUGCAGCUACCACCACUACCGUAACCUCGACCCCGGAUCCCAAUGGCAAAUCAGCUGAGAAUAACGGCACGCCCAAUAUGAACAUUGCGAACCUGGUAAGCCCUGCUGCUGGCGUGGUAGAUUCCAAGCCAGUGGCAAGGCAAACCAAAGGCAAAUAUACUCUGUCCGAUUUCACAAUUCAGAGGACACUGGGCACAGGUUCGUUCGGGCGGGUCCACCUGGUACAGUCCAAGCACAACCAGCGUUUUUAUGCGAUCAAGGUCUUGAAAAAGGCCCAGGUUGUCAAAAUGAAACAAAUCGAACAUACCAAUGAUGAGAGGAGAAUGCUGCAGCGGGUGAAACACCCCUUCCUCAUCACACUCUGGGGUACAUUUCAAGAUUCCAAGAAUCUCUACAUGGUCAUGGACUUUAUCGAGGGCGGUGAGCUCUUCAGUUUACUUCGGAAGUCACAGCGUUUUCCCAAUCCUGUCGCGAAAUUCUAUGCCGCGGAAGUAACAUUGGCUCUCGAGUAUCUGCAUGGGCAGAACAUCAUCUACCGAGACUUGAAACCCGAAAACUUGUUGCUGGAUAGGCAUGGUCACGUCAAGAUCACCGACUUCGGUUUCGCCAAAGAGGUACCUGAUAUCACAUGGACACUUUGCGGUACCCCGGAUUAUCUAGCACCAGAAGUGGUGGCUUCCAAAGGCUACAACAAAUCCGUUGAUUGGUGGUCUCUGGGGAUUUUGAUCUUCGAGAUGCUGUGUGGCUUCACCCCGUUUUGGGAUGGGGGUUCUCCGGUCAAGAUCUACGAGAACAUCUUGAAAGGGCGGGUCAAAUAUCCCCCAUAUAUACAUCAUGACGCUCAAGACCUCCUGGUGCAGCUGAUCACAAGCGAUCUGACGAAACGCUUGGGCAACUUACAUGGUGGUCCAGCUGACAUCAAGAAUCAUCCGUGGUUCGCAGAAGUGACUUGGGAAAGGCUCCUCAAGAAGGACAUCGAUGCUCCUUAUGUGCCGCCAGUGAAGGGCGGAGCGGGGGAUGCCAGUCAAUUUGACAAGUAUCCUGAGGAGACAGAGGAAUAUGGCAAGAAGGGAGACGAUCCGUGA